GCCACUUGAGAACAUACCACUUUCCUCCCUUGCUUAGCUGUCUGUCGGGUUUCGGAGCAAAUCAUUAAGAGCGGGGAAGUCGGUUAAUUUUGAAAAGUAUACACCUUUACAAAUUCCGCUUUGAGUCAUGAUCAUCAUUUAAUUUGUACCCAAAAUACACAUCAAAGUGGACACAUAGUCACAGAAUAAUUGAUAUUAUUUUAUUUUGAUUGUUUCUUUUAUUGGCAUCUUAACCUCCCCUCGCAUGGACUGUUACAUUGAAGAAUCGCAUCAUCUGUUCCGUGCAGUGUGGUUUGAGCUCUGUUGAAUUGCAUUUGGUUGAUUUUUCAUAUUUUCGUGAUUUAAGAAAUAAGAAAAUAUAAUUACAAUGUCGGUGGCGUUUGCAGCACACAGACAGCGAGGAAAGGGUGACAUAACGCCGGCAGGAAUACAGAAGUUGUUAGAUGAGAACAAUCAUCUCAUCCAAUGCAUCAUGGACUUCCAGAGCAAAGGAAAAACUGCAGAAUGCUCACAGUAUCAACAAAUGCUACACAGAAACUUAGUUUACCUGGCAACAAUAGCAGACUCCAAUCAGAACAUGCAGUCUCUGCUUCCUGCUUCUGAGUCCCCCACCACAGAGGUUAAGCAUGAACCCCCCUCCCAGAACGUGCCCAUGGGACCGGGCGGGAUGAGCCAGAGCGGGCCCCAACAGCCCCCCCACGGCCACGGCGGGCCCCCGGAGGGGCCCCCCACGCCCCACAUGCAGGGCCAGAUGAACGGCCAGAUGCCCGGACCCAACCACAUGCCCAUGCAGGGGCCCGGACCCAGCCAGCCCCCCAAUAUGCCCCCAAACAGCUCUAUGAACGUCCCGCCCAGCACGCAUGCGUCCAUGGGGGGGUACAACCACGCGGUGGCGCCGACCCAGGGCAUGCCCCCCGCCCAGGGCCAGAUGAACAUGGCACAGGGUCAGCCAAUGGGAAACUACGGCCCGCGCCCGCCCAUGAACAUGCAGGCCAGCCCAGGUACCAGCAGUCCCAUGAUGCACCAGCAGCCCCCCUCCCAGCAGUACAGCAUGCCCCCGGGAGGCGCACAGCACUACCCGGGCCAGCAGAACCCCAUGGGCAUGAUGGGACAGGUCACCCAGGGGAACCACGUGAUGGGACAGAGGCCUAUGCCUCCGUACAGACCCCCACAGCAAGGACCCCCCCAGCAGUACCCUGGCCAGGAGGAUUACUAUGGGGAGCAGUAUAGUCAUGGUGGCCAGGGAGUCCCAGAAGGUACCUCCCAGUACAGCGGUCAGCCGGAGGCCUAUCCGCAAGGCCCCCCCCAGCAGCAGGGCUACCCCCCUCAGCAGCAGCAGCAGCAGUACCCCGGCCAGCAGGGCUACCCAGGCCAGCAGCAGGGAUACGGCCCGUCUCAAGCCCCCCCAGGGCAGUACCAGAACUACCCCCAGGGCCAGGGGCAGCAGUACGGCGCCUACAGAGCCCCCCAGCCCGGCCCGCCCCAGGCGCCGCAGCAGCGCGCCUAUGGCUACGAUCAGGCUCAGUAUGGGAGCUACCAGCAGUGAGGCUCGUUUGGGGACUGGAACACGCACUAAUCGCCCUUCUACUCCUGGAUCUGCAUCUCAGCUGCUACCGUUUGAGCCUUUUUAGGACUGUAAAUGUGAGACUGUUUUGUGUUGUUAUUUCACAUUGUGCCCCCCUGUCCCACCCCUCACCUCCCCCCCGUUCAUGUGUAGUCUUGCGUUUUGUAACAUUGCGUCUGCGUUUUCGCGGGUUCCCGUGCGACAGAGGAGAAAUUUAGCGCGGUUCGCGGGAAUCCCAGUCGCCCUCGUCUCUCGUCCAGCCCUCCCUCCCGCACGACCCCCGUCUCGCUCAAUUCGACCGCCAACCCAACGCGAGUGAGAUUUCGGCGAAGAACGUUUCCUCAGAUCGAGAGAAGGCGCGGUCCGUACGCUCAGUGCCGACGGGAAAAGCACUUGUGUUCUCGGGGCGAACGGAUCUUCAAGCAGCGAUGCCUUAAAACAGGAAGCGCCCGGCAUUGGGAAGGCUCCUCCUUCCUCUGCCGAAGUCCUUCCAUUUCAGAUUGUGAAACCAGCAGCGUUUUUUUAUUUCAGUUUGAAAUGAGACCCGUCAAUGCUACAUCCCAUCCAAUGCGAUUUUCUUUCUCCAUUUUUAUAUGAAGCAAUAAUCAAGAGCAGAGUAUCGUUUUUGUCUGUAACAUUCUUAAAAGAUAUUUUGUAUCAUGGUUAUAAAAAAAAAAGCAAUGUACAAAUGUAUUUUAUGCUUUUAGAUGGAACUGAAUUUGUAUAGUGAAUUGUAAACAAGUACCGGUUGUUUUUGUUUCUUGUGUUUUAUUUUGAAAGAAAAACUUUUUUCCUUUAACGAGUUUACAGGUUUUUUGUUUACAGAUUUUGUCUGGCUGCGACCACAACUAGACCAGGUCACAUGAUCCCAGCAACUAAAAGGGGUCAAGGCCUUAGUAGUGAAGGCGUUAUCGACGUACCGAGCAUAAGCACAUGCUGCACAAAUGGCGGCUUGCUCCUCUCAAUGGCUCCAACAAUGUUAAAAAGCUCUGAAGAAAGAGAGUCCACAAGUGUUCAGCAGUCAGCAUCGGAAGAGCUGUGAAAUACUGUGGUCUCUAGUGCCCCUUCCCUGGGCUUUGUGUCUUUGCUUUUGUUUUGUUUUUUGUUUUUUCUCAAAAACUUGGAAAAAAAUCUUUAUCCAGAAUUUAUAUGCAUUCGUAGGUCAAGUGAAGUUAUUUUUUAAGACAUUUUCCAUAGCAAUCAUAGCCGUCCUUUGAAUGUGGACUGCUGAUUGACCGGUUUUGGACAUGCAUUUUUCCUAAACUAGGCACUAGAACUGUGAAACUCCACUGCACCCCACCAUACCCCAGCCCCGCCCCCCACAUUGUAUUAUUGCUGCUGCUUUCAGCUUCCACGCUCCCCACUGUGUCCACAGGUGGGCGUUCCCUGUGGACCCAACGUGUCCAUUAUGAGUAUUUAAAACCCUUUAACCCUUCCGGCACCAGGAACAUUCCUGCAGACUACAUUUUACAGGAAACAUCCAUUUCACUGAUAUUCAGAAAAAAGUCAUUUAUACGAUCAUGCAUUUUGGUUAGUAAUACGUUUCUUUGUAAAUUAUCUUUUAAAAAUUAGCCAUCUUUGUAUGUGUAGUACUUUAUCUGAGGAGUUAAAGUACUUAAAAUACAUCGGGGCUAGUGUCAAACGAUGAGGAAUCAUGUCGAUGGCGUGCGUUUGAUGGGGACAGACAUGUUCUGUGUAGCUUAAAGCAGCUUCCAAGACCACCAGCUCGUGGGUGUCAUGACCACCAGUUUUCCCCCUCUUUAUAUUUUGUUGUAGUUUUUUUUUUUUUUUUUACUUUUGUCACAAUGUAAACUUGUCACUGGAUAUGAACAAAAACAUGAAAUAAAUUAUUGUGAUUUUUUUUUCUCA